GGCAAAACGGAAAUAGAUGCUACACUACAUGGACACACUUGUGCAAAGAAAGGAAAAGAAAGACAAACAAAGAGCCAGCACGAGACCAGAGAUAACAAAAAAACUCACCUACAAGGUUCUUCUACUUCUCCAUCUGGGGAUCUCAUAUAUUUCACAUAUAGAAGGAUCAACAUUACACAAUCCGACAACUGUGGAUGUGCUGAACAGUACAGAGCCUUAUGUUUCUUCAGCUGACUCUAAGAUACCAAGUACAGUACAUGGUCAAGAAGAAACCACUGCUAUUCCCAAGUUAACCACUAGUAAAAAACCUUCUAACCCUAGUCAAGAAGAAACCACUGCUAUUCCCAAGUUAACCACUAGUAAAAAACCUUCUAACACUACAUUUGUAGAAGAGCCAAGGAGAUAUUCCAUGAUUCAUAUAGGUAUCUUCAUUGGACUUGUGUUGGUGGUCUUUAUUAUAGUUGUCAUCUUUGUUGCUCGGAUCAUAUGGAGAAAGAAAAAGUUAUAUAGGCUGAAGAUUUCUGAAGACGUGAGGGGCAGUCAUCAGGAGAAGUCCUCAGGACAGCAUGGGGACUAUGAAAAAGAAAAGAAAGAUGAUGAAUCUAUUCAGGCCAGACUCAUGAAGAGUCAUGAUCCACUUAUGAAUCAGCUGAAGGAGAAGCAAAAGGAAAACAUCAGUAACAGGUCAAAAUAUGGAGACCCACCACCUGAAGUGUAACACUCGCUGAGAGAAGACAAAUGAGAGACUGGACAUAAUGUAAAAUACUUCUGAAUAUAUAUAUAUUUCAGUGGAACAUGACAUGUUUAGGGUACAUUCACA